AUAUCGAUCUUAUCAACACCUUCUCUCACCGCAACAUUUUGAGACUUAUUCGAAAACGAACAUUCGUCUAUCGGGAAACGCCGAGGAACGGCACGACAGAAAAUGUACGCGAAUCUGGGAAAAGCCCCGGAUACUCUUGGGCAAAUCGUCAUGACCGGUGACGCCGCGAUUGUGAACUCAUCGGGGGACUUGGAGAACGAUGAAACUGUGGCUCAGAUAAUAUUCCAAAUGGUACACUGCGCCACAAAGAACGAUCUCCUACCUCUGGACCACAAUGAGGAAGGGAUCAAAAGGAUGUGUGUAUAUCUCCAGGGAUACUAUCUGACCGUGAUUCUGAAUCAACAAAGAAUCUUCAUCAUCAAGCGGAAGUAUCAAGCCGACCUCACAGAGCCACCAGCGCCGUAAUGACGCUAAUCUAUAUCUAUAUAUGUCACGCGAAGUCGUGCGUCCGAACGUAGGUAAUCCGUGAAGCGAUUUUAAGAGAAGUCACUGUUUGUUGAGCACUUCUAUGAUGACUAGGUACGUAUUUCAGAGAAAUAAAUCAGCCUCGUGUCAGUGAGUUUGUCUCGGUUAA